AAAUUUUACGAUCCGUCGUUUACCCAGAGAUAUGAGAGUCUUGGAGCGAUGAAACGUUUAUGAUCGAAGGACAAAAAAAAAAAAAAUCCUACUUUUCUCCCAAAACUUGACCUUGACCGCUUUGCUUAAGCACUACUGAAUUGUGUGUUUGUCUCUCUGGAGACAGUGAGAGAAAACAAGUAAGAAAUGGUGGUGAAGCGGAGCGAAGCGCAUUUGAGCAAGGAUUCAAAGGUGGAAGUUUGCAGCAACGAAGAGGGUUAUAGAGGUGCAUGGUUCCCUGCCAUAAUCCUUGACCCACAACCCUCAGAUCUCUCAGCGAAGAAGAAAAGGAAGAGCCUUGGCAACUCAAGCAAGGCUCUGGUGCAGUACGAGACUCUGGUCUUCGACGAUGACCCAAAAAAGCCACUCACUGAGCUCGUUGACGUGGGCUCCAUCCGGCCCGUGCCUCCUCCUGACAAUCCUGACCAGCCCUUCGAGCCCGCAGACGUCGUAGACUCCUUUUACCAAGAAGCUUGGUGGGUAGGGGUUGUGAUGAGGUUUAAGGAUGACAACUAUACGGUGGGUUUCAAAAACCCACCUGAUCUGCUUGAGUUAAGGCGCUCUGAGCUGCGGCCUCAUUGGGAUUUUCUGGACGGCGUAUGGAUUCGAGCCCGGAAGGAGAGGAUAGAGGAGACAAUUUUCAGCCAUGGGACAGCAGUGGAAAUAAAUCUCAACGAAGGCAAUCUAUUGUAUGCUUGGUUCCCAGCAAUUUAUCUUGGUGAACUAGGGGUUAACUCUUUCUUGCUUCAAUAUAAGAGCUCAAACAACCGUGAUGUUAAAGUGGUUGUAAAUGGCCAUCAGAUUCGGCCUCAGCCUCCGAAGUCUGGCAAAAGAGAUUUUAACUUGAUGGAAAUGGUGGAUGCAUUCUAUGAUAUGGGUUGGUGGGUCGGAGAGAUUACACAAAUUCUUACAGAAGAAAAGUAUAUGGUCCGUUCAAAAUUCACAAAGCAGGUAAAGGAAUGCAGUCCUUCAGAAUUGAGGCCUCAUGUGGAAUGGACGGAGAGAGGAUGGAUUACAAAGAUCAAUGGAACAUGGGUUGAUUGCUAUAAGGAAGCUCACUUUAGUGUGGAUUAUGAAGUACAAUCAAAGCGUGCAUGCGAGAGUUUCAGAAGCUCCGAGGUCGCUAAAGCACUUGAAAGUUCAGGUGCUACCAAGGAUAAUAAUGAAGAAAAAACAGCUUGUUCAAGGAUUUCAUGGAAGAAUCAGUUGGAGCACUUGAGUCCUUGCAUUGAUAAAUCACCAUAUGGAAAGACCAAAAAGAAACUAAAAAUUAAUCAGAAACCCAAUGAUGAUGCAACAAUUCUAUGUCUUUCCAAGAAUCCAGAAGACUUCUUAUCUUUUACACCAUCAUUUUCAAGGAGAACGCCAGCUAAAACAUCAAAAAGAGAAGCGCCAGUUAGAAAGGGUGCGAAGACUGAGCAACAACAGGUUGGAGAACCGGACAAUCAAGAAAUCAUUUCUUAUAAACAUAAAGUCAAGAAGGGCAGUGAAAUCGAAAAUGCUGAUGAAGAAGAUGUUGAAGAUGAGUAUGGACUGGACAACAUUGAAUCUUCUGGUAUAAGGUCAGAUUCUGAGCUAACAGGGGGAUCUCAUGCUGGAACAUCAUGUCUGCUCCCUGUAGAGGAGGUUGAAUGGAAUGAAGAUGGGGUGAGCAGUGAAAUAAAAGGGAAGGGAAAACUGCCUGAAUAUCUUGUUGAACACCGAAAAGAUCCAGCAACAGAUCAUACGAAUGAUAUAUUUGAAUUGCCUGUAAUAACAAUGUGGGAUUUGACAGGCGAGAAGCUUAGUGGAACUGGAGUUGUUGCUCAAGUUGAAUUGACUAAGACUCAAGUUGUCAAUGAUAAUGGUUUUGAAGAUGCAAGGAGGGUGGAAGCAGAAGCUGAAGAUACUGCAAUGGAUAUUGAGAAAAUAAUAGAGGGCUUAAGUAAUCCUGCAGGGUUUUCCAGCCAACAAAAUGAGGUCAGAGGAAGACAGGUUGAAACUGGUGUAACAGGUUCUGAAGAAACAAUGAGAGAGACAGAAACUCUGGAUUCCACAAUGGAUUACUUGACAAAAGAAGUUCAGGUGACCGUGACUGGAGUAUCUGCAACAGCGUCUGCCCAUGAUCAACCUUUAUCACUGUAUGUAGAUGAAAUGCAUUCUAUAAAAGCCAAAGAGUGCUCAAGUAACCCUGCUGGGACUGCCAAGCAACAAAAUGAGGUUGAGCAACAAGACAGUCCACAUUCGCCUUUUGUGAGAAGUUCUCCAUUUUGGAAAAGUAUUGAAUCCAUGGAAGUAUUCAAAAGAUUUCCGCAAAGGCCACAUUUUCAUCCUCUGAUGAAGUGUAAAGCGGUUUGUCGCGAAGGAUCCGCUCUUGGAAAUAUGAUAACCUUUGCCUCUUUGGUGGAGAAGACUUCCAAGUUGCAAGUUGGCGAUCCUAGAGACUUAUUUGAUAGCAAUUUGGAGGCACUAGUUGACUUGGAAAUGUUGGGAUUUGAUGUCACGGCAGUACGGCAUCGACUGAAGGAAUUGAUUGAAAUGAAAGUUAAGUUGGGUCAGCUUGAGAACCAAUCAAAAGAAGUUGACAUUCAGAUCACGGAGUGUACUUUUGACAGAGCCAGAAACAAUGAAACAAUCAGUCAGAUUGAUAAGGAGAUCAAGGACUUGAAGGAAAAACGGGGGACCCUGAUGUCAAUCGAUGUGGCCAAAGGUUCUGAAAUUAGCAAGCUGCAAUCAGAAGCAAAUGCUAUCACUGAAGGCAUUCAGAGCAUCCAUCGUGAUUUUGAGAAAUUAGCUGCUGCAGCAUGGUGAUUGUUGUGAUUCUGAUGGAUGACCCUUGAGAUUAGCACUCUUUUAGCUAACCCUUGAAUGGUUUGGAGCUAGGUUUGUCCAUGGAAACUGAUAUAUAAUAUUUAUACCCUUUUGAAUGUAAUGUAAUGAUGGAAGUGAUACCAAACUGUUGUAGUUUUUUGUAACAGAUAUCUGCCCUAGAAUGCUGGUAACAGUCAUCUGUACUACCAUAUCCUCCACCAGUAUUAGACUUAAUGCUACCCAAAAAAUACUUAUAGACCGGUUUACUGCCUAUAUCACUA